GAGUCAUUCCCUGACCGUCUGACAUGUAAUUACUGGUCGAAAUGUUUAUGUUGGAAUAAGAAUUUGGACAUGUAUGUCAUGUUAAAAUACAACCACGUCGGUGUAUCGUUUUUAUUCUGAAAUCUGUCCUUAAAUCAUCGUAAAAGAAACAAGAAAGAAAAUGCGGCGUGCGUAAUGGCUCGCUGCUCCAGUCCGGAUUUUCCACGCGAGGCGCGCCGGAGCCCUGGAGGUGGAUAAGCUGGUAGAGCCCGCUCUCUCUCAUGCCAUGCUGGGCCACAGGGGCUCCGGGAGACGCUGCUACAUAUUACCGAGAACCGGGAUGGAGGAGAGGCGGAGGGGGGAAGAAAAAAGUUUCGUUUAAACCUGGCAGAGAAACUCUCAACAUGAAGCCUCACUGACGCACCGUCUCACCACCGCCACAGCAACGCCAGCGCUAGAACAAAGCUUGCUUUUCCAUUGAACAUAUUUUUCACCUCCCAGCUUGUGCUUUUCUUGCCCUCUUGUGUUAUUUUCUGUGAGCGACGCUGGUCGGGGCUUGCUGUCACUGCGCGCUGAGAUGUUGGAGUGACCAUGGCUGCGCAAGUGGCAUCGGCUCCGACCAGAACUAAUAACAAAAAUAAGAAAUUAUCCAGCGGUCUGGGUCCGGAGCUCAAUUCGGGGAAAUCCGGAGGAGGUGGAGGAGGAGGGACCGUGCAGCGAAGUGGACCGAUGCUGGGAGCCGGAGAUGGGACUCUGAAUAAUGUAGACCAUCGCCGCCGUAACGAGCUCAACAUGGUCCAUUCAACUUCCACGACUCACGGCGCGCCGGACGGCCACGACAAGGAUGGGAAUAACCUCACGUCCGCGUCGGCGUCGACUAAUUCAACCACUUCCUCGAUGGAAGCGGGUUUGAUCGCAAACCACAAGCUGAAAUGUGUGGGGAGCGGAGAUCCCCCUCAGUCCCAGCCGCUGCCUCAGCAGCAGCCACCGCCGCAAUUUGGCCAAUUUGCGCCACAUCAGCAGCGACAGAUCCAAAGUAACAACACCGCCAAUAACAACGGCCAGGGGCCCCGUGGAGACCGGGGCAUGGAUCACCAGCACCACGGUGGCAAAGAGAACCUGUUGGGGGGGCAGGGGGAGCCACAGCAGCAGCAGCAGCAGCACAUGCCAGGUAAAGGUGAGGGGGAGCUCACCUGUAAACCCGCGGAGAGGAUGACGAGUACCAGGUACGAUCAUUCUAACUUAGGGCCAACUAGUAACAACUCCGAGUUUAACAACAACUAUUACACUCCACGGCCCUGUUACGAGCAACAUGGCGGACAGCAGCAGCAAAGCAGUGGGAUGGGGGUAACGCACUCCUCGGCACAUAACAGCAUGGAGAAUUCCCACGAAGCAGGGUUCCACAACAACCAGUACAACCAGUACCCGGGGUACCGGGCGAGCUACGGCGGCGGGGCCUACGGGAUGAUGGGGCCCUCUGGGUGCCGGCAACCUGGGAACAUGAUGAUGGGCAGCAACUCCUCAACAAGCCACGGCAAGUCUCCCCUGGGAGCGGGUUCGGGCGGCUUCCAGAGGUUCCCGGGACAAACCCAGCAGCAGCAGCCGCAGCCGCAGCCGCAGCAGCAGCAGCAGCAGCAGCAUCCCUCAGGGGCCACCCCGACCCUCAACCAGCUGCUCACGUCCCCCAGCCCGAUGAUGCGGGGUUAUGGCGCUGCCUAUCAAGACUACAGUGGCCCCACGGCGCAGCAGCAGGGCGCUAUGGGCCUGGGGAAAGACGUGGGGCCCCAGUACGGACCCGCUUCGGCUCACGGCUGGGGAGGACAGCAAAGGAACCACCCUCACUCUCUGAGCCCGGGUAACGGAGGACAAGGCCUCGGCAGGACGCAGGUGUCCUCCAUGGACUUCAUGGCUAUGAAGCGAUCGCAGCUGUACGGCAUGGCCAACAAUCCUUACUCCACUCCACAGCAGCCAGGGGGCGGACCUUACCCCCCUAGCCAGCCGUACACGUCACCUCCUCCGCACCGAUAUCCGAUGGGCAUGCAGGGGAGGGGUCAGAUGAUGGGUGGCAUGCAGUACCCUCAACAGCAGCAGGUGGCGCCGUACGGCCAGCAGGUGAUGGCGGGCUACGGGCAGCAGCAGCAGCCAGGGCAGCAGCAGCAGGGAACCCCCCCAUACUUCAGCCCCCCUCAGCAGACCCCUCCUGGCCCAAACCAAAGCCCCUACCUGCAGCCUCGACCACCACCACAACAGGAGGCCCAGCAGGAGAGCUACAACACCCGGGGUCCUGCUCCAGGGAAUUCUGGGAAGGCCAACAAUGAGGAUGGUGUCUCCCAGGACCGCCCCUCCAGUCUGCCGGAUCUGUCCGGCUCGAUUGAUGACCUCCCCACAGGGACGGAGGCUGGUCUGGUCUCGACCGUCAGCGCCGGUGGGUCGUCCUCCAGCAGCAGCAGCAGUAGCCAGGGGGAGCAGGGAGGCGCCAGUAACCAGGGACAGUCCCCCUUCUCCCCGCACGCCUCCCCACAUCUCCCCAGCCAGAGGAGCGGCCCCUCUCCUUCCCCUGUUGGCUCGCCGGCGGGCUCCACUCAGUCCCAGCACUCUCGCUCUGGCUCUGGACCCAUCUCUCCUGCCAGCGGACCCUCUGCCAACAACGCCGCACCAGGUUCCAACGUGGCCCUGCAGAGCUCUGGAAACGGACCAGAUGGAGCCCACCCACCAAUCACCCGCUCACCUAUGGCUCAGGAGAGAGGAUUUAUGUCCAACAUGCAGAGGAACCAGGCCGGCUCCCAGUUUGCUUCUCCUCAGUCUGGACCCUCUAUGUCCCCGCACCCUUCACCUGGGGGCCCAUUGUAUCCUGGAAUGGUUCCCUACUCCCAGAGCGGCCCCACAGGCCAUUACGGACCUCAAGGAUCACAGUAUGGACAUCAAGGUAACUACCCCCGUCCCUCUAACUACAGCGGGACGGCCAGUGCCAGCUACAGCGGCCCCGGCCCCAACAGCCUGGGUAUGAAUGCUACCAGCCCUAUGCACGGCCAGGGUCCCGGCCAGCCCAUACCUGUGGGACGUAGCCAUGGCCCGAGCAACCAGAAUAGGGUUUAUCCGCCAAUGGCUCCCAGCUCUCCCAGCAUGCCUCAGCCAGCUGGGCCUGGGAUGGGUCCUCCGUCUUUGGGUAGCUCUAACCGCAAGGUUCAGGAUGCAGGAGCCGCUGUGGUGCUGGGAUCUGCCAACUCAACACACAACAGGCAGGGCAGCUAUCCAGGCCCCGGCAUCAGCCAAGCAAGCACUAUGGCCACCACCGUCCCCUACAGCCAGCCAGCAAGCAACAACAGCUCAGCUAUGGGUAACGCACAAGGUCCAGCCUACAUGCCGCCUUCAGGAGCCUUGGCGAUGUCAGGGGACGGAAUGAUGAGCCCGGAUGGGAAACCCAAAGUGGACGUGAAAGAUGACACAGGCCCCGUCAACGAGCCUCCCAAACCAAAGCUACAGGACGGCUACAGCAACAACAACAGCAGCAGCAGCAGCUCCCAGCAGUGUGUGUCCCAGCCAGCGACACCAGGCGGCGCCUUGCCCGUGCCCUCCCCUCUCUCCCCCAGCCCGGCCAGCUUGUCCUCCUACCACGGGGACGACAGCGACAGCAUCAGCAGCCCACCAUGGCCACUCAAGACCCCUUCUAGCCCCAAAGCCAACCCUAACGCCUCCUCCCUCAGUGGGGAGCGAAUCACGCGCCUUUUUGAGCUGGGUGUGGAGCCAGAGAGGCGGGGCUGGGUGGAACGAUACCUGACCUUCAUGGAGGAGAGGGGCACGGCCGUCUCCCAGCUGCCCACUGUGGGCAAGAAGCCACUGGACCUGUGGAAGCUCUACUUGGCUGUCCGUGAGAUAGGAGGCCUCGCCAUGGUAAACAAGAACAAGAAGUGGCGUGAGCUGUCCACCACGCUGAACGUUGGCACGUCGAGCAGCUCCGCCAGCGCCCUCAAGAAGCAGUACAUCCAGUAUCUGUUCGCCUACGAGUGUAAGAUGGAGAGGGGAGAGGAGCCGCCGGCGGACAGCAGCAGCAGCAGCGGCAGCGGCAGCGGCAGCGGCAGCGGCAGCAGCAGCAUGGCUGGAGGGGAAAACAGGAAGCAGGUCAAGAUCCAGCCACCGUCACCUGCAAACUCAGGCGGCUCCCUCCAAGGCCCACAGACACCACAGUCGUCUGGCAGCAGCUCCACAGCAGAGGCAGCAGGGGACCUGAAACCCCCCACACCUGCGACCACCCCUCUGGGGCAGGUCACACCGCUGCCCCCCAACAGGAGUAGUGUGAGCGUACAGGACCCCUUCUCGGAGGUGAGCGACCCGGCCUUCGUAAAGCGUGCUGCCUCCCUGCCCCCCUCAGCUCCCUACCAGCAGGGCCUCAGCAUGCCUGACAUGAUGAUGAGGAUGCAGUACGACACCAAGGACCCCUUUGCCGGGAUGAGGAAGAUGGCUGGAGCUGAUCCCUACAUACCAGGUCAGAUGCCUGGUGGUGGUCUGCAGGACAUGUAUGGCCGACCCCCAUCAUCUCUGAGCAUGAGCCAAAGAUCACAGUAUCCGUACGGGCCAGGCUACGACAGGAGACCAGACCAUGUGAUGGGGAUGGAGGGGAGCAUGGGUCCUCCUGGGAGUCAGAACAACCUGGGGCCGUCCAACAGCGAGGGCAGCAUGUACUCUGCCAGCAGAUACCCUUCACAGCAGAGACACGACGGCUACGGUCAGCAGUAUCCCAGCAUGCCAUAUGGGAUGCAUCCAUCUGGGAUGUACCCACAACAGCAGGGCUACAAACGGCCCAUGGACGGUAUGUACGGCCCCCCACCCAAGAGACAUGAGAGCGACAUGUAUGCCAUGCAGUAUGGUAACCAGCAGCCGGACAUGUACAACCACUACAGUGGUGGAUACUCAGGCCCUGAACACAGAGGCUUACAGGGACAGUUCCCCUACCCUUACCCCCGCGACCGCAUAGGCCCCUCAGGACAGAGCCAGCACAGUUUGAUGGGCGGGGGGCCCACUCCUAACCACGCUGCUGAUGGGCCCAACAUGUGGCCAUCCAGGACAGACCUGGGCUAUCCCUACCCCAACCGACAGGGUCCGCCAUCUCAAAUGCCACCGUACGGCUCCAUUGGUAGAGAUGACAUGGACGGGCGGCCUGGGCAGGAGCAGUGGCACCGUCAGUCUCCCUACUUGUCUUCAGCAGGUGGCAUGCCGCCCCUGUCCCGCCAGCCAUCGUCUUAUUCCAACUCCCCAUCCAUGGCCAACCACCUGCCCAGAGCACCCAGCCCAGGGGCCUUCCAGCGCUCCCUGGACUCUCGGAUGUCACCCAGCAAAAUGCAGUUCAUGUCGCCCAUGAAGAUGCCUAAGCCUGGGAUGGCCAUGAUGGGCUCACAGGGCGGUGGAUCCAUGGGUCAGUUUCCUCCCAACCUGAGGAGGGACCUCAACUACCCACCAGGAUCAGUGGAGGCCUCCAUGCCCAUCCUCAAGCCCCGUCGCAAGCUCACCUCCAAGGAGACUGGUACGCCUGAGGCCUGGCGCGUCAUGAUGUCUCUGAAGUCUGGGCUGCUGGCAGAGAGCACAUGGGCUCUAGACACCAUCAACAUCCUGCUGUAUGACGACAGCACUGUGGCCUCCUUCAUCCUCUCUCAGUUGCCUGGAUUCCUCGAGCUCAUCGUGGAGCACUUCCGCCGCUGCCUGAUCGAAAUCUUUGGGAUCCUGGAAGAGUUUGAGGUGGGAACCGUAGCUCAUAAAAACUUUUUGGAUCCUCCUCCUAACCAGAAGGAAGAAGAACCCACCCCUGAGCAGGAAACGGACUCUGCUGUUCAGCCUGAGUCAGAGUCAGCCCCGGCAGUGGAGACGCAGGUGGAGCAAACAGGAGGCGUCACAGAGGAAGCUCCAACCGUUGCUGCAGAGCCAGAGUCUGCUGUGGUGAACGGUGAAAAGGAGGAGUGUGAGGCGAGCAGAAAGAAGGAGGACAAGAACAAGGAAGACAGAGAGAAAGAGGGGAAGGAAAAAGAAGAGGGUGAAAAAGGAGCAGAGAGUAAAAAGGAGUCUACGGAGCAGCCUGUCACUGAGUUACAACCUAAACCUCAACAAGCCAGCAAAUACGAUAAGCUCCCCAUCAAGGUCGUCCACAAAGAGGACCUGAUUGAAGACAUGACAGAGCGCUUAGGUUACAUCACUGAGUUCACCAGUGGGCUGCUCCACUGGCAGGCCGGUGGUGGCGACUCCACCGCACACAUUCAGACACACUUUGAACCCCGGAUUGCUCCACCUGCCAGAGCGGAUGAGAAAACAAGAAAAGAGGACAAGCAGGAACAAAAGAUGGAGGACGGGAAGAAACAACCACUGAAACACAUCACCGCUACCAUUGAUGAUGUUUUGUGUGCUCGUGUUGACGCCCUCUCUUACGCCCACCCUGCACGCUCCUUGCCAUCCUACCCCUUCCGGGUGCACCCGGACGGGGAGCAGGACCACAUCACCCUGCUUGAGGAUGAGCCUCGCUGCCUGGACGAGGCUCCGCUCUCCACAAUAUCCGCCUGGCAGGACUCGCUGUCCAAGCGGUGCCUCUGCGUCUCCAACAUCGUCAGGAGCCUGUCCUUCAUCCCUGGCAACGACUUGGACAUGUCCCGCCACCCUGCACUGGUUCUUCUCCUGGGCAGGCUGCUCCUGCUGCAACACCAGCACCCGGAGAGGAUGAGGUCGCCCCCUAGCUACCAGAGAGACGAACAGCGCGAGCAGGGGCUGUCGAGUAGCAAAGAAGAGUGGUGGUGGGAGUGUCUGAGUCUGCUCAGGGAGAACGCCCUGGUCACGCUGGCCAACAUCUCUGGACAUCUGGACCUCUCCACCUACUCAGACACCAUCUGCCUCCCCAUCCUGGACGGCCUCCUCCACUGGAUGGUGUGCCCCUCCGCUGAAGCCCAGGACCCCUUCCCGUCAGCAGCGCCCCACUCCCUGCUCACCCCUCAAAGGUUGGUGCUGGAGUGCCUCUGCAAGCUGAGUAUCCAGGAUGGCAACGUCGACCUCCUGCUAGCUACGCCGCCCUUCAGCCGACAGGAGAAACUGUUCACUGUCCUUCUCCGUUACGUGGGACAAAGGAAGGCCCAGGUGUACAGGGAAAUGGCGGUGGCCGUCCUCUCCCACCUGGCACAAGGAGACCCCACAGCAGCACGUGCCAUAGCCAUGCAGAAGGGCAGUGUGGGUAAUUUUGUUGGUUUCUUGGAGGAUGGCGUUAGCAUGGCGCAGUACCAGCAGAACCCUCACAGCUUACUGCACAUGGGGCAUCCCCCUUUGGACCCGCCGAGCAUAAACAUGAUGUGCAGAGCAGCCAAAGGCCUCUUGGCCAUGGCUAAAGUGGAGGAAAACAAAACGGAGUUUGCGCUGUACGAGAGCCGAUUAUUAGACAUCUCCAUUUCCUCUGUGCUCAGCGCUGGAGUGGUGACCAUUAUUUGCCAAGUUCUCUUUCACUUGGGGAAAUUAUGACAGGAGGAGAGGCAGGACUCGUGUGGCAGACCCUGACAGUGUACAAGAAAUUUCUGUGGUUUUCUAUUUUUAUUUAUCGAAAUGACAGAAAAUGUUUGUUUUUGUUUUUUUAAAGGAGUAUCCACAUAAACAAAAUAUAUAUGUAAAGCGUCUGGGCCCUGUUAAAAAAGUGGGUUCAGGAUUUGAAAGCUCAGUUUAAUACAAAUAUUUAAUACCUGCUGGUGUCGGAUUGCUACGUUAAAUUUUUUUGUUUGUUUGGCAUAUUUGUUUCUGUUUGUUUACUUUUUCAGCCAAAGCUGCCACCAGAUGUUGGUGCUGAAUUACAUGGUUCCUUUUGAGUCGAUGAGUCAUCGAGAUGUUUUUCAGUUUUAUAAAUGCUAAUAUACUCAUCAACAUUUUGUUAAUGGAGAGUAUUUAUUUAAAAUGUGACACUGUACAGUAGUUUGAACCUUUUUGCCAACAGUUGUGGGGAAGAGAAAUGCUGACUUUUUAAAAUGAAAUGUAUAUGUCUCCAUCGCUGGAAGAUAAAAUUGUGCAAUAGGACUCGAGCAAGUUGUCCGUUCUGAGAACCAGAAGAAAAUGUUAAACUGCAGUGUGUGCUUUAGGCCAUGAGGAGGCAGCAUUGCACCAGCCAAUCAACAUGAGAGCAGAGCGUCUGUCAGAGGAAGAAGUGUCUAAUUUAUCAAUCAUAGCCUCAACAACUUUCACAGAAGAUCUUUGUGUUUCCUAAGCACUUGUGUCAUGUCUGUAUUUUUUCAUCAUUGUGUAUAUAAACCGUUGUACAAUGGACGCACAUGAUUCUUUCAGUCUCUAUCAAGCAUAGCAACAGAUGGGACUUUCUGACUAAUAUAACAAAUGCUUUUAUUGUUGGUAAAAUUUGUUAUUGUUAUUAUACAUAUUUUGUUAAUGGGGUCAAAUAUUUGAACAUGGCAGAUGUAACUGAUGUUUCAAUGUAAAAAAAAUCCUGUAUGCAUUGUAUUAUAGCUGAGAAAACAAUCGCUUUGGUAAUCAAACGUGGAAGUGCCAGGGUGAGAGGAUAUCUAGGAGAGGUGACAUAAGCAACCUGAACACAUUUCUGUUUGUUACUGUCCUCCAUUCAUGUCAAUGGGCAUAUUUUUUUCAAUCUAGAUAAACGCUCUAAAAGAAAAGUCUGAAAAGACCAUUCAAAAUGUCCUGAAAGCUCAUUGUAAAAAAAACAACUUGCCUUUUUUUCGUAUGACUCCAUGUCUCUCUUUUAUUCAGUAUACACAUUUAUACUCUGUGCUGCACAUGUCACAAAAUAAAUGUACGAUGAACAUCGUUAAACACCGGAGGCGUUGCAUUAUGUCCAGACAAUCUUAGGCCAAUAAAACAAACAUCAACUGCUUACGUGA